ACCCCCAUAUAUCUUUUUCUCUAAACCAUCACACACAUAAAUUCACACACGCAAACACUGCUUCCUCUGCCUCUCACAUUUUUUGCUUCCAUUUUCUAGGAAAACACAAAACUUGGGAGUUUCUCUGCCUCUCCUUGUCUUCUCACCCCUUUGUAAGAAAAUGGAGGGGGGAGUUCAUCCGGGCACAGAUGUUUCAGCUUUCAGAGACUGCUUCUCCUUGGCAUGGAAAAAUCCUUAUGUUCUUCGUCUUGCUUUCUCUGCUGGCAUUGGUGGCCUUCUUUUUGGCUAUGACACAGGAGUGAUAUCUGGAGCUCUUCUUUACAUUAGAGAUGACUUCAAGUCUGUGGAUAGAAAAACCGUCUUGCAGGAGAGCAUAGUGAGCAUGGCUGUGGCAGGUGCCAUAAUAGGAGCAGCCAUUGGGGGAUGGUUGAACGAUCGGUACGGUAGGAGAAGCUCAAUCCUCAUAGCCGAUUUCCUCUUCUUCAUUGGAGCAGUGGUCAUGGCAUCAGCCCCGGGACCUACCCUUCUAAUCAUCGGUCGGGUUUUUGUUGGGCUUGGGGUCGGAAUGGCGUCCAUGACAUCUCCUCUCUACAUCUCUGAGGCCUCUCCUGCAAAGAUUAGAGGUGCCCUUGUUAGCACCAAUGGCUUCCUCAUAACUGGAGGACAGUUUCUGUCUUACCUUAUUAAUUUGGCAUUCACUAAGGCCCCUGGGACUUGGAGAUGGAUGCUUGGAGUUGCAGGGCUUCCUGCUCUGGUGCAAUUUAUCUUGAUGAUGCUUCUUCCUGAAUCACCUCGAUGGCUUUUCCGCAAGGGAAGAGAAGAAGAAGCAAAAGCCAUUCUCCGCAAGAUCUACCCAGCGGACGAGGUGGAAUCGGAGAUCGUAGCCCUAAAGGAAUCCGUCGAAACGGAGCUCGAACAGAAAGGCUCGAGCACAGACAAGAUCAGCAUCACCAAACUCCUCAAAACCAAAACAGUCAGAAGAGGACUAAUAGCCGGGGUUGGCCUCCAGGUGUUCCAGCAGUUCGUCGGUAUAAACACCGUCAUGUACUACAGCCCCACCAUCGUCCAGCUCGCGGGCUUCGCCUCGAACCAGACGGCGCUCCUCCUCUCCCUCGUCACCUCGGGGCUCAACGCCUUGGGCUCCAUUGUCAGCAUUUACUUUAUUGACAGGAGUGGAAGGAAGAAGCUGUUGCUGAUCAGCUUGUUCGGAGUUGUGAUCUCUCUCGGACUUUUGUCGGCGGUUUUCCACGAAACGACGUCGCAUUCGCCGAUGGUCAGUCUGCAAGAGACGUCUCGAUUCUCCAAUGGUACUUAUAUUUGCCCGGACUACGGCGGCGCUGGAAAUGGUGGGGGUUGGGAUUGCAUGAAGUGUUUGAAGGCCUCUUCUCCUGAUUGUGGAUUUUGUGCUUCUGCUACUGAUAAGCUACUCCCCGGGGCAUGCUUGAUCUCAAACGACACCGUUAAGGACAAGUGCCAAGAUCAAAGCAGAUUAUGGUACACAAGGGGAUGUCCAAGCAAAUAUGGAUGGCUUGCCCUAAUAGGUCUUGCUUUGUACAUCAUAUUCUUCUCUCCCGGAAUGGGGACAGUUCCUUGGAUUGUCAAUUCCGAAAUCUACCCUCUAAGAUUCCGUGGGCUUUGUGGGGGAAUAGCAGCCACAGCGAAUUGGAUCUCAAAUCUCAUUGUGGCCCAAUCUUUUCUGUCCCUAACCGAGGCCAUUGGGACUUCUUGGACCUUCCUCAUAUUUGGGCUUUUCUCUGUUGUGGCCCUAAUCUUUGUUGUCGUUUGUGUUCCCGAGACAAAGGGACUUCCCAUUGAGGAAGUUGAGAAGAUGUUGGAGACUAGGGGUUUGCACUUCAGGUUUUGGGAGAAGAAUAGGAGCUCCUCUACCUCACAAGGGAAGGAACAAUCUGCCUAAAAAAUAGUACUACUAACGGAGUGUUUCAUAGGGGCAAUUUGGGAAUUUGGUCAACUUGGAUUUGGAGUUCUUGAGUAAGAUAUAUAGUGAGAAAUUGUACUAGUCCUUUUUUUUUUCUUUCUUUUUUUAAAUCUUUUCUGGAAGGAAAGUAGUGAAUUCUCUAGAUGGAGACUAGAGGUUAAGAAAUUGGGAUUGGAGGGAAAAUAGUCUAUUCAAUUUUCCCUAUGUUUAUAGGAUAUAAAAUUGGACUGAUGAGUAAUGUCAUUUGCAAUAAUUAGUCUUUUAAUCGUCCUUUUUAACACUUUUG